GUCCACCACAUCCGCAGCAGAAGCUGCGACGCCUCCUCCGUAGCGUCCACUUGGACACUCUGCACAUUCGUGACUUCCGUGGACAUAUUAGCAACUGAUGAUCUUAGCUCCCAGUCGCCCAGCGUUGCCAAGGCUGUUAGGAGUCAACUGGAAAGUCUUUCACCCCGGAUCGCUUUGAUUCAGAAGGCCAGCUGGUUUCUCCUGCAGUACUUUGGAAAUUCGCGUUCUCUUCUGGUCCUAGCCCAGGUGCAUAGGAAGCGCUGAAGGAGGACGCGGGUCCCCAGGAGAGAGAAAACUGUGACCGCUCCCUGGGAAUGAACCCAAAGAUUGAACCUGCAUACCAAGCGCAAACUAGAAACUGAAAGUACACGGCCGGUUGAUCCUACGGAAGUUAUGGAAAAGGCAAAGCAGCGCAGAGCUGGGCUGUGGUGUGUGCCGCCCCCCCUGGGAUGGAUGAAACAGCAGGCGCGGCGAGGGUGAGCAACCAGCUGCAGACACUGCCCUACCCGGCACCGACUCGCGGGAACUCCGCGGAAGACCAGAGUCCUGAGAGUGAUUAUGGGCGGUGAGAGCGUGCUCCUGCUGCAGUUGCGGUCAUCAUGACUACGCCCGCCUCCCGCAGACCAUGUUCCAUGUUUCUUUUAGGUAUAUCUUUGGAAUUCCUCCUUUGAUCCUUGUUCUGUUGCCAGUGACAUCAUCUAAUUGUGAUAUUGAGAAAAUUAAACAUGGCAAAGAAUAUGAGAAUGUUCUAAUGAUCAGCAUCAAUGAAUUGGGUUUGGCAGAGGACGUUGCACAUUGGCCCUUAGACAAAAUGAUAGAAAUUGGUAGCAAUUGCCUGAAUAAUGAAUCUAACUUUUUUAAAAAACAUUCAUGUGAUGAUAAUAAGGAAGCUGAUUUUCUAGAACGUGCUGCUCGCAAGUUGGAUCAGUUUCAUGAUAUGAGUAUCAAUGAGGAUUUCCAAAACCACUUAGAAAGAGUAUCGAAGGGCACAUUAACACUGGUGAACUGCACUGGUAAGGAAGAAAAGAAACCUUUAAAGGAUCAGAAAAAGAAUGGCCGGUGUUUCCUAAAGAAACUACUACAAAAGAUAAAAACUUGUUGGAAUAAAAUUUUGAGGGGCAUUAAAGAAAACUGAAGAACAUGGAGUGGCAAUAUAGAAACAUAUAAACUGUAGUUGCAUCCUCCAAGAAUCUAUCUACUUAUGCAAUUUUGGGGAGGGCAAUGUGCCUCCUAGAAGUUACUGAAUGUAUCCUGGAAAAAAAUGGAUUACAGCAAUUGAGAAAUUCAUAUAACAUGACUAGAAGAUGGACAUAGCAAUAGAAACUGAAUGAACGUUUUAGUCGAAGUAUUUCAUAUGCAUGCUGACAUAUCUCAAUCAUAUUAUUUCUGUGCUGAUUUUAUAAGACAAUCUGUAUAAGGUAUCAGUUGCAAUAAUACUUUUUUAAGCUGUUAAAUUUUUCAGGAGAAGACAUCAAAAUUAUGAAGUGUAUAAAAGUUAUAAGGAUUCAAAAUUAACAUUGUUUUAUUCUCAAAGUAACUUUAUGCUGUGCAUCAGUGUAUUAAGAGUGGAUGCUGUCAUCUUCGUGCUGGAGGUGUUCCAGGGUUAAUAGUGAUACAUGGAUAGUGUUCAUGAGAACAAGAGAGUCAUAUACCUUUAAGAAGCAGCAGCAUAAAGAAGUCCAAGACACUUCAGAGACAUAACAAGAGAUGUAAUCAAACAUGGAUGUACAAGUAUUUUCAAUAAAUAUCAGAUAUUUUAAAAUGAAAACAAAGGAUGACUUCUAACAAAAAUAGAAAUUCACCUCAUCCAAGGAUACUAAACGUUAGCAUUGAGUUACUUUUGGCAUUUCUGUAUAAUAAAAUUUGUCUAAAUGAGUUUUGUCUAAUGAGUUUGGAAAGUACGUUUUUAAGAG